UGCAUAUACAUUUCCAUUCACAGACGAAGAGCUCUUCCCCUGCAAUUCCGCUUCUUCUCCUUCGUUGGCCUCUCCGAUGGAAGAACCGGGUUCCAGACCCGGUUCGGAUCCGUUUCGGCUUCAUUCUUCAGUCCGUCUCGCGCCGUUUUCGCCUGUUCAGCCGUCCUUGGCUCGCCGUCUGUCGAGUCAUUUCACCGGACCUCAACGGCCUGUGGAAUCGACCCGGAGGCGGAAAUUGGCGUACAUAUCUCUCCGGGGAGAGCUCGUCAAUGCCGAGGAGGCGAGCUCGGCGGCGUCCAUCGGAUUGAGCCCGGAGGAGGCGGUGGCGUGGGAGCUGUUCACGCCGAUCCAGAGGUUCCUGAUUGUGGCGGUGAUUGGUGUUGCCGCCGCCAAGUCGAAGAAGAAUCGGUUGAUUUGGAAGCUCCAGAAAACGGUGGAUCGCAGGGAACAGCUGGUUUCGAACAUGCAGCAGAAACUCGAUGAAAUGAGUGAACAGCUAAAUCUUGCCAAGGGUCAAUCAGAAACUGGAUCAAAAGCCUCAGAUUGUGAUGAUCUACAACGAACUUUCAAAGAAUCUUUUGGAUCUGAGAAGAUCAAAUUCAUUGAUUGUGGCUGUUGGUUGUGUGAUCAACAUCAUCACUUGUUACCCUGUUCACCGGAUAAACCUCUUACAAAGGCAUCGACUGGUCAUGAGAUGCUUCAGGAAACAACAGAUCUUGUGACUGAUACAGAGCCAGACGAAAGGCGUAUGUCUGACAUGUCGGAUUGUUGUUCAAGUGUCACAUCUGCUGCAGAAAUCUAUUACAAUAAUCUAUCCUUCGAGCAAGACAUGCUUUAUCUAAAAAAAGAGUGUCAAGAGAAGGAUGCAACAAUAAAGGAGCUUACUUUGUUUCUUCAGUCAACCAACAAGGCUGGUUCUAAGAGAGUAUUAGAGCUUGAAAGCAUAAUACGCAGGAAGACUACGUUAAUAGCACGGCUUAAGAAGGAUGUAAUCGUAUUAGAGCAGAAGGUCAGCCAGCUAAGUAAGCUCAGGAGAUCUUCUUCUUCACCCGCAUUCCCAAAUUCCCGAGAUUGUCCAACGGUGAGAGACAAUCUCCUUUACGAUAUGGAUACUCCUUCGAGCCCUUCAUCCUCUGACUUGCAGACUCCUGUAAGCACACCUCGACCAACAGCCAUGAAGGUUCAAUUAGUUCCUGUGAAGGGGGUUCAUUCAACUUCAGAACAAACCCUUAAAUCCGCGCCAGUUAAAUCCUCGGGUUCCCUCGGGAAUUCGAUGAAGACACCACUGGUCAGUCCUGUCCAGGAAGUAUCAAUCAAUGAGAAGCUUGUCUCUGUUUCUUCUUCUUCUUCAAGGCUAAGAAGGUCAUCGUCUACUGACGCUUUAAAGAAGACUUCAAGUAAAGUUCAAGUCACUUCCAGAGAUUCCUCCGGUUCACGAAAAAGAUGGGUUCAGUGAGUACCGGUUUUCUUAAAUUGUUGGUUUGGUAAAUAUUGCUUUUUCCUUCUAACCAAAAUUGUCUCGUACACAUGAAAAUAGCAAAUAAGAAUUAAAUUAUAAAACUGUAUUAUUAAAAUUAAAGAAAAAAUCAA